UUCCUCCUCGCUGGACGAGGAAGUGUCAGCGGAAAAUAGACGUGUACUUUCAGUUUUUUAGUUAUUUCAUACUACGAUUUUAAAGCCGAAAGACGUGCCAUUUUAAUAUGAAUUUGGUAUGACUUGUGAAUAGAAGACUAAAACAGGGAUUUUGGCUCGAAGUGAGGAAAUCUUCUCAUUUUGGUGCUAAUGUAAACCUGGCUGAGUUUGGAAGGUCACGUGAUCUGUUGAUGUUCCUACCAUUCAUCUAUUACCUCAUACCUGUUCAGUCCUCUGGCACAAAUGGAGUUUGCUAUCCGGCACACCUGGGACAGCAACCCUGUGAAGCAUGAGCCCAUCAGGGUUGUCUUCUCCCCUGGACAAGGAGGAAUGAGGAUGCAGGUGUUUGGUCCCUUUUUCAAUGAUCCUCCAGCUCCUGCAGGACCCCCCAGUCAACCGUUCCCUGGACUCUGGGAUUACGAAGUUGUGGAGUCCUUCUUCCUUGAUAGCACGACGCAGAAUUACCUUGAGGUGGAGCUUUGCCCUCACGGACAGCACCUGAUACUGCUGCUCUCAGGGGUCGGACAAGCUUUCCUGCAACAGCUGCCCAUGGUGUUCCAGACCACAAUCACAGGGGGCCAGUGGACGGGCGAGGCUCUGAUCCCCUGGUCGUACUUCCCCCCCAACAUCAACAAAAUGAACUCCUACGCCAUCCACGGCUCCGGGGAGAAGCGCACAUACGAGGCGCUCUACCCCAUCCCCAAAGAAGAGAUCGUUGAAGGCCAAAGGCCCAACUUCCACCGCCUGGAGUAUUUCCAAGAUUUCCGCCUGCAGAGCAUAAUGGGAGAGGACUGGAUCCAGCCGGAGUCUGAUCUGUGGUUGGGAAAGCCAUGAGCUUUGGGAAACUUCCCUCUCUCCACAUUUGUCCUCUCACACAGACGCAAAGUCACCAGAGCAGCGGCGGGGCAACGGUGCAAACACUCUCAGACGACAAGCAGAGAACCGUCAGUCUUUAUUACCUAAUGAUAUAAAACGAUAUCAGCCUGUCAGGCCGUGGCAGACUUCAGACACACGCACACACACACACACACACACACACACACACACACACACACACACACACACACACACACACACACACACACACACACACACACACACACACACACACACACACACACACACACACACACACUCUCCACUGGCUGUGAACUUGCUUGAUGUGCUUGGUGACGAAGCAUGCUCAGUUUGACACUAACUUCAGCAAGAUAACCUCAGAGGUCCUUGUGAUUCUUUGUCCUGAUUGUUAAGGACACACACACACACACACACACACACACACACACACACACACACACACACACACACACACACACACACACACACACACACACACACACACACACACACACACACACACUUGCGCACACAAACAACGGUGGGAAAGUAGCCUGAUUGUGUGGAACCUGUCUGUCCACACAGUCAGAGCUUUUGCAUCUUAAUUUCUUACAAUGGCUGAUGAUUUUUUUGUGUCCAGAGACCUUUUUACAUGCUCAUGACGUGUUUCCUCUCAGUGAUUGACGAAUAAAAGUGAGCUGAAAUCUU